GGUUGCUGAGGCAGCGACAAGGGAAAUUGAAGAACGUCAUUCACCAUCUCUCUGGUGGUCCGAACAUCAGACAAUACUCAGCACAUACUGUGUACAUCGACAACAUCAGUUACUGGCCGAUUCAUUCCUACAAUCACAGUAUAUCUCACAGCACAUUGCACACAUUUGACCUCGACAAACAAAAUGCCUCGCGGCCGCAAAGCCAAAGGCGCAGCAGCCUCCAAUGCUCAGUCCAGACUCUCAUUCAACAACUCGGCUCGAGUGACCAAACCCGGAACCAGACAAGACGAUGCAGUAAAAAAAGCCGCUUCGAAACUCUCUGAGCCGGCGCAAGCGCAAGUCGAAGAUGAAGUGAGAGCCAUCGAGACACCUGAGACGGAAGACGAGCCAGAAGCAAACGAAGUCCAGGUCACGCCAGAGCCCGAGUCGAAGAAAGUCGAUGUACCUAUUCGAGAAUCACCGUUGAAACCGAAAACAACGACUCCAAAAACCAAAAAGAAGACUGUAGCGAGCAAAGAUGAGCGAGAACUUGCGGCAGAGAAGGUCACCGAUGCGCAACUGAGAAAAUACUGGAGAGCCGAGGAGGAUGGUCGGCUUGCUCCUAGAAUUCACCAAGAGUCGCUUUCCCUCCAUGAAAAGAUCCUACGGCACUUCGACCUUUCCUCCCAAUACGGACCCUGCAUUGGCAUACAGAGACUUCAGCGCUGGAAGAGGGCAAACAUGCUCGGUCUUCAGCCUCCUGUCGAAGUCCUUGCCGUUCUGCUACGUGAAGAGGACAAGAAGACGAGCCAAGGGUGUGGCAAGCUGGCCUACAUUGACGAGUUGGCAGGAGGAAGAGUCGUUCUCGUCGAGUGAGAUGCUACGACUGAUAUGAAUGCAUUCAUGUACAUGGCGAAAUGGAGGUUUCAAGACGAGUUUGUGCUGGGUGGUCAUUUGAGCGACGAUACGAUAAAAUGGCGUUGGGAGUUCUGUCAACUUAGGGUGCCACAAAACGAGUAGACCGAAUUAAAAAGGUCGAUGGUUCAUUAUACAGCACUGAAUGCUGGGGCACAGGUUCCGGGUCCUCCGUGCAGCCUUCGAAUGUACGAGUUUUGAAGCGGACUUGACAAUGGAAAGGUUAGACCAAGCAUGUUCUGAGCCCAUUUUCUGAUUGCGUGAAUUUGUCAUUACCAUGGGGCUCUAAACUUGGAUAUUUACGCUCGUCUGUCUCGAGUUCAAUCCGACCCAACAGGGAAGGCUG